UUGCUUUUGCAUUUAGAUGUAAAUGAGUGUACUGAACAGAAUCUAUGUGAUAUGAAAGCGAAUUGUAGCAACACAGACGGGUCAUAUAUAUGCGUUUGUCACAAUGGAUAUUCCGGAGACGGAAAAACAUGUACAGCUCUUCCCCAGGCAGCUGCUGCAGACACUGUUAACAUUGCUUGGCCAGUCACCAUGGGCUUAAUGGUUCUCCUUUUGACAAUUUCAGUUAUCAUCAUAGUUAAACUUGUUAUGAUCGUUAAAAAACAACGUAAUUCUGCAGAGUCCAAGGUAACAUUUUCCGACAUACAACAAAAUGAAAACCAAACUACAACACCUGCUUCAGUGUAUGAAGAUGUGAGGGAUGACAACACAGGUGCACAGAAACGACCAGGUCCUCCAGGAGAACAUGAUUACCAAAACGCACCACGAAUGACAAACAAUGACCAGCAAGAAACCAGCAUGUAUGAUAGACUGGAUAUGGACGCCACGGGCGAGCGGUCUCCAUAUGAAAAGUUAGAUGUGUAAAACAAGAUCUAUUUCUUGUUUGCUGCUAUUAUCGCUCCCAGACGUAUCUUAUGGAGUACUGGUGCACUGCAAUCAGACGUGCAUUCAUGCGGUAAAUUUACGAUGAGUUCAAAAAGAUAAAUGUACAUAGUUACAAAAUCAAUGUUGAUUAAUGCAUAAACAAUAUUUCGCAUAUAACAUCAUAAAUUCAUAGAUUGUAUUAUUGUCAAACCACUGCCACACUUCACUGUACAUACUAUAAUAUUAUCAAAGUUAUUAACAACAUUAAUAUAACUACAAACUUUUAUGUUAUGGCUUGUAAAUCUGGCCAUACUGAACCUAAAAUAACCAUGACAGAUUGAAAAAAUGACACUUUUAAAACUUUUCUUUUAUAGUAUUUGACGUACUUAUAUCCAAAAAAGGUUCAAUCACACUCUGCUGGAGGCCUGGACUGUCUCUCCAGGAUAGACAUUUAGACUGAAAAUUACUUUUUUAUUUAUUUUUCGUCUAUAUAGAUCAGGUGUGUUGUUUUGUAUUAAAAUACGAAUAUGUUUUUAAUUUGACAUUUUCAAUAUAUACGUGGAACUGUAAAUUAGAUGAAGAAGAAAUAAAUAUAUUUAUAAUUCA